AGCGCGGGGCCGUCAAUGGAACUGCGGCUCCUCCUCGUCGUCACAAAGGGAUGGGAUCGGAACGCCGCCUCGGAACGCUCAGCCGUUAAAAACCCGCCGCCGGCUCGAGCCCACCCGCGCCACACCGAGCAGCACAGAGACAGAGGGGCUGCAGCCCGGAGCAGCAGCAGCGGCGGCGGCGGCGGCAGCGGAGACUCAGCCGAGCUGGUCACUGAGGAACAGCGGCAUAAAAAGAGGAGGCACAGAGCCGACCCGAGGCGGUGCUGGAGAAAUAGCGGAGAGAGGAGAUAGAUACUGCUUUCUUCUGCUUCUCCUCCUUCCUUCUCGCUCCUUCCCUCUCUCGCGUCUUGUGAAGGAAUGGAUUUCACGACUGUCAUGUCUUUCUGACCUGGAGAGGGAGAGACAGAGAGAGAGACAGAGAGAGGGGGGAGAAGGAGAUAAAACCGUGAGCCGAGUGCUCUCGUAUCAUUUAUCGCAAUAUAUAUAUAUAAAAAAAACAGGGAAGAGCGUUAGUUACAACGUCCCUCCAGAAGGAGCGUUGGCUUUAUCUGCGUUGUUGGCUUCAUCAGGAAAAAAAAAUGGGAGAACAACCCAUCUUUAGCACGCGAGCCCACGUCUUCCAGAUCGACCCUAACACCAAGAAGAACUGGGUCCCAACUAGCAAGCACGCUGUGACUGUGUCCUACUUCUAUGACAGUACACGCAAUGUGUACAGGAUAAUCAGCCUCGACGGGUCCAAGGCAAUAAUCAACAGCACAAUUACUCCAAACAUGACGUUCACAAAAACAUCACAGAAGUUUGGGCAAUGGCCAGACAGCCGUGCAAAUACAGUCUAUGGCUUGGGGUUUUCUUCUGAACAUCACCUAACUAAAUUUGCUGAAAAGUUCCAAGAAUUUAAAGAUGCUGCAAGGAUAGCAAAAGAAAAAAUGCAGGAAAAAAUGGAAUUAACCAGUACACCUUCCCAGGAGUCUGGAGGAGGUGAUCUGCAAUCACCUCUGACACCUGAGAGUAUUAAUGGUACGGAUGAUGAAAGAUCCCUUCAAGAUGUGGCUCAGGACUCUGAUGCACGAGCCGAAAUUAACCAGAGUUCACUCCCAUUUACUCAUAGCACUACAAUAGGGAAACACUGGGAGUCUGAAUUGGCAACCUUAAAAAACAACAAUGCGAAGCUAACAACAGCACUUCUGGAAUCUACUGCCAAUGUUAAACAAUGGAAACAACAACUCUCUGCUUAUCAGGAAGAGGCAGAACGGCUGCAUAAAAGGGUUUCUGAACUGGAGUGCCUGAGCGGCCAGGCAAAUGUGCUUAAGACGCACAAGACUGAAUUGAACCGAACAAUAGAAGAACUUGAGACGCAAAUGAGAGACAAAGAGGAGGAAAUUGAGAGACUGAAGAAGGAUAUUGAAGGAGCUAGGGAGCUUGAGGCACAGAGAGACACAUUAUCGCAGCAACUGCAGGAAGUGGAGAUACAUAACCGAGACCUGGUGGAGCAGCUGUCAGACCUGGAGCAGCGGCUGGAGAAGAGUCAGAAUGAGCAGGGCGUCUUCCGCAAUAAUUUAAAAACACUUCUGGAAAUUUUAGAUGGGAAAAUCUUUGAACUAACGGAAUUGCGAGACAACUUAGCAAAGUUAAUAGAAGGCAGCUAAAACGUGAACCUUUGUAUCAGCAUCUUCACCCAGAUACAGUACAUAUAGAGGCCAGAUUGAAAUCUUCCUUUCUUCUUACUGGAAGGUGUUGGAACACCCUAGGCUCCCUGUAGCAUUCCAUAUCACCAUAAGAUAUGUUCUGCGCUCUUUAGUGUUUUUUGUCCAUUACGUAAGGAGAAGCAACUGCACAAAGCCUAAUUGUAAAUUAAUAUUUCCCCGUAAUGUUUCUUCCACUCGAUUUACUCUAAUCAUCAAGGAUUUUGUAUAUUUAGUUUUCAAAUUGUUCCAAGAGGAUAUUUCAAAUGGUACUUUAAGCAACCUGAAGAAAUUUAUCAAUAUUGAAGAGUCUUUUAAUUGCAAACAAUGGAUUUUACUGGGUCAAAGAGACAGUAUCUCUUUCUCUAUGCAGUUAUGUAGAGGCUGUUAAAAGUAACAUUUACACGCGGUUUGCAUUUUAACCAAUUUUCAUUCAUUUUUGCUGUCAGAUUGUAAGAGUGAGAAAUGAUGCACUGAUUGACACAUUAAUUUAUGGGCUCCAAAGAAAUUUCUUUAUAAGAAUGAUUUUUCAGUUUAUUAAGAACGCAAAAUGGUUCUUUAAAAAAAGGCUAUUUAAAGGCGACAAAGUGUUUAUUUGGGUGUAGUGUAUAGUUUGAUUCUGAAGUAUGUUCUGUGCAGGUUGAAAAAAGGGAUGAUGUCUCUUUAUAUUUAAGAAAAAUGUAAGUUAAUAUAAACUGUUAUAUUGUUACUUACCAAAUGUGCAUAUAGUGGUUUUCCAAAGCAGUGUUCAUAAGCACUCACCUAUAUAUGUAUUCUAAAUUAAUGAAAAUCCAAAAAAUAAAUAUUGGGCAGUUUUUAAGAUGUGUACCAUGCAGCAAUAAUCAAAAAUGUAUAAUUUAUUGAAAUGUGUUUUAAUGAGAGUUUGAUUUUUAUUGUGCACUUAAGAGAUUUUUAGGAGCAAGCCUAGCUGGUGGUCAAUGGGUUGCACUCGCCAUGUAAUGGAGUUGUGCGUUUUGGUCACGGAUUUAUGGAGCUCUUGUAUAUCGAGAAUAAGUCGCAUUUUUGAAAGUGGAACGCUGUUUCAGAAUAGGUGCUGUAAAGAUCUAUGAAUGUUUACCCGUUGGAGAUUUCAGACAAUGUUUUUUUUAAAAAAGCAUGGAACCAGGAUAUAAAAAGAGGAGACUGCGCACUGAGAAACCUAUUUACUGUCCUAGGUUUAGAGCAUGUGGAAAGUGGUUUACAGACCACCUGUAAAUCCAAAAUGAUGCAAUGAUCUUCGAUUGCUACACAUUUUAAAUACUUAUCAAGCUCUCUAAGAAUAUGUACCCGACUUUUUACUUUGAUCUGUUAAACUACUGGAAGUGUUGGUUAAUGUUGCAAUAAUCAGCAGACUAGUUUAAACUGUUUUGGCAUGGUGUGCUUUGGAGAUACCUGUGUGUGGGCAGUCUGUACCGGCCCUUGCAUCUUACACACACAAAAUGAAAAGAAGCAUGAAGCAGGCCGCAGGUGACGAUUCUCUGUUGCUUCAGGUACAAAGAACAGCGUCAUGUGAAGCCAAAUUGCUGAGAAGAAGAAAAGGUUUUAUCUUCACAAUAUGAAUUUGCUGCUAGAAUAAUAGUCUGUGUAAGACCCAAUUAAGCCUGCUGACAAAGCUACAUCUCAUGACUCAGUUAACAAAGGAAUAUUUAAGAGAGUUUCAAGAACAACUGUACAGACAGCUUCUCAAUGCAGUAAGGAAAAGAAUAAUUUUUGAGAACUAACUUUUUGCUCAGUCCCAGUAUUAGUUCAAUACCACUCAAUAAAGUGGUCAGAGCAGAGCUGAAUAUUUGGUACUAAAGUUUCGUUUAUGACUACAUGUGGAGUGACCUCAAACAAAACCGAAUACGGCAAUCUGCUCCUCUUCAGCAAGACUAAAGAAUAGACAAGACGAACACCAACAUCUUGUUUCUUUUAAUUCAAAGAGCCCUGCAAAAGCUUCAUGAAAUGCUUGGGAUAACUCAUUCAUAAAAAAAUUUCCUCAUCCAUUUACAAGCAAUGUCAUUGUUUGGUUUGCAAACUAACAGGAUCCUUGGUACCCAGAUCAGCAAACAGAAUUGGAAAAAAAUGCUUUAUGCACAACCUGUUACAUGUAGAUUGGGACAACUGGGUAAUAAUCUUGCCCUGAUAAACCAUCUUUGGAUGUCUGCGUCAUAGCUCAUUCAUUCAAUAUUGGGGUCAGAUUUAUAAUAUAUGGACUGUUUUUUUCUUUUUUUUACAGUUUAUUAUUGUUACACUGGGCUGAGGAAGUGUAAUAGAGCCUUGACCCAAAGCUGAAGCUGUAUUAUAACUUGGUUCUAGAUUGACUGAACUGGAUUGUGUAGCAAGCUGAAUGUUCUUUGAUAUAGGAAAAGAAGACUGCAGAUCCAUGUUCCAUUCUUUGUGAAUACAUUAUAUUGCUUGAUAAAUCAGCACAAGAGGAAUUCAAUCUGUUUUCAAGACAAGGUAAUUGAGAAUUCAGUGACUUUUUGAGAUGUAAAUGACAAUGAUUGUGUUUUUAAUUUAGAUGCAGAUAAAAUAACCAGUCUUUUGAUGUACUGUAUUAAUUCAGAACAGAAAUGUAUUUUACUCAAUUCUGGCUGAAGUUGCUGACAAAUUGAAAGCAUUGCUACUUUGUCUGUUGUGAAUUAAUAAGUUACAGAUUUCUUUUUUCCCCAAAAAAUCACCAACCAAAAUGGUGAGAGUAUUACACAGAUUAAACUGUGCUUUUGUAGAUCCACAAACAUUCAGUGAUUCAUUUACUGGAGAAUCUGUGUCGACAUUUUUAUUUUUGUUGGGCAGGAGAGGAGAGCCCUGAGUAUUUUCAAUGCUGAGAUUAUCUUCAACGCUUCUGAACUGCAGCCUAAAUUGUCUCCAUCGUAUGACCAAAUGUGGCUAGUAUUACGUGUUACUGUAAAGUUAGAAUAUACAGCACAGAAACAGAUCAUUCGGCCCAACUGGUC